CUACCUCGUUCUUCCCAGCCUCCAAGCCCCGUCCCCGUCCCGUCCCGUCCCGAAGCGAAUUGCUUCCCCGCGAGAUUGGAGCACGCACGCCCGCCACGGGAGGAUCCCGAUCUCGCCAUGAAUCCCGAGUAUGACUAUCUCUUUAAGCUUUUGCUUAUCGGAGACUCAGGUGUUGGCAAGUCGUGCCUUCUCUUAAGAUUUGCUGAUGACUCGUACCUGGAGAGUUAUAUCAGUACUAUUGGUGUUGAUUUCAAAAUACGUACUGUGGAGCAAGAUGGAAAGACUAUGAAGCUGCAAAUCUGGGACACUGCUGGGCAAGAACGGUUCAGAACUAUUACUAGCAGCUACUAUCGAGGGGCUCAUGGUAUCAUUAUUGUCUAUGAUGUGACAGAUCAGGAUAGUUUCAACAAUGUCAAGCAGUGGUUGAAUGAAAUUGAUCGCUAUGCUAGUGAUAAUGUGAACAAGCUUCUUGUAGGGAACAAAUGUGAUCUCACCGAUAAAAAAGUUGUAUCAUAUGAGACAGCGAAGGCAUUCGCUGAUGAGAUUGGCAUCCCAUUCAUGGAGACCAGUGCAAAGAAUGCCUUGAAUGUCGAGCAAGCUUUCAUGGCUAUGUCUGCUUCAAUCAAGGACAGGAUGGCGAGCCAGCCAGCCGCAAACAACGCACGCCCAGCUACGGUGCAGAUUCACGGGAAACCUGUUGAACAGAAGACGAGCUGCUGCUCUUCUUAGGACGGCACACAUACGUCUCGCGGAUGGAGAUGUAAACUUGGCCGCUCCAUCCUUCAGUCCAUGUUUUUACAUAGGCGUACUUCGUGUCUUUAUUCCAUUCUUUCUAGUGUACUUGGCUCUUAAAUCUUUGAACUUGUAACCCAGAGUUUGGAGAUAUUAUCUUCUAAUUCUGUAAUUUGGAUGGCUAUGUUACUUUUGCAGUUUUUGCUUUGUUAAAUUUGAGAUGGUUUGCACUUAGAUGAAAAUUGCAUUCGGAAAAAUCCUUG